UAAAUGUUUAGUUUUUCUGGCAACAAAUACUGGCAAACUGAGUUGAUCUAUCCUUGUGUUAUUAUCGCCGCUCACUCUAAUAAAUGUUACUCAUAAAUGUAUUUUAACCUUAAUGAACACUUUAUAAAUGUGAGGCUGCACUCUCAAGUAACUGUUGACCUUUGUCCCUUAGUAAUGACCAACCAUGGCGACGCCUCCACCACCACCACCACCCAUUACCGGGGAGCAGAGAGACGGGUUAAAACUCAUCACUACACUAAAGAAACUGGGCCGCCCAGUCUUGCUGGAUAUGUACACCCGAGCAGCACGUCAGGAGGGGAAGGCCGAAGACAUGAAGCUUCCCGAGUUCCUGGAGAGUAAAGGCUUCACCAAGACACAGUUAAAGAAAUCAUUUAAUAAGGACCAGCAUAAGAUACUUGACGCCGACCCUUCUGGCAAGAAAUAUGACAUCUCGCUACUUUACCUGUGCAUCACCUUGUGGCCAGCUGGACCCCCUUCAGGAAAAACUCAAAGCUGUAAAAGAUUUUCGCAACGAAGUGCUUCACGGGGAGUUAGCCGUCAGUCCUGAGGAUUAUAAGAACAAGACGGAGCUGAGAAAACUGUUGAAAGACGUAUAUAGUGAAGGAAAAGAUGUGUUUAACAUUGAUCAAGAUGAAGUAGAUAACCGGGUUAAAACCAUAGAUGAAGGCAUCAACUACAUCAGAGACAACCUCCUGGACCCCGAGGAUAUAAUCAGCUACAAUAAUGACAUCAUAGAGCAGUCUGGUAAACAAGAGUUGGUGGAGCUGUUUGGUAGACGGACAAAUGUUAAUCCUGUGUCGUUUAUUGCCGGUACAGACUUUUUCCUUGAUAUUGGCACUGUGUUCACACGCAUCCAAGUUAAGAGGGAGCGAGGUACAGCUGCCCAAGAUAUACCAUAUGAAGACAUUCUAAAACUUGCCAUUGACAAAGGCAAAAGAAUCAUACUUAUUGAAGGUGUCGCCGGUGUUGGUAAGACGACCUUCUUGAUAAAAUUAUUAAGUGAUUGGAAGGCCGACAAGAGCACCAUACAAGGUCUUACUAACUUCCUGCUUGUCUUCCAUGUUGAAUGCAGAAAUCAACACAUCAGGUCUUUUUCACAGCUCGUCCAGUCACAGAUGCCAGACACCGCUAAGAAGUGUCGAGGAGGUGACAUGAUCAAAUGUGUCCAGCAUUUUAAGGUCCUCGUGCUGGUGGAUGGCCUCGACGAGUUGAAUACAGCAUCAAAAGCACUGGUCCAGGAUGUCUUAUGUAAUUAUAACUUUACUGUAGUCUGUACUACAAGGCCAGAGAGGGUGGACGACUUCUACAAAACUCUUCCAUCUCACCUGGGAGCUGUCCAUUUACAACUUGUUGGUAUUCCUGCUGAAAGUCGUGGAACUUGUGCAUAGA